AUGGCUGCACGGGUCGAACGGGCCGGCGAUCGUCUCUCCGAACAUCAACCAAACACUGAAGGUACCGUCCAACUGCGUAUGCAUACAAUCAGCAGCGCCAUGGAGCAGCUACGGCUGCGUCGUGGUGGCUACAAUGGACAGAGCACCGACACGGAAAGUACUGUAUCACGCGGUGGUUCUGUUGGAUCGGAAGUGCGGAAUUGGCUGCAGGGCGUUGAGAAGAGAUUGGCUGAACAUGAGGAGCGCCUCCAUCACGGGAUGCACCUCACCAAGUUGUUGGCUGAUCAGCAGGUACUCCAACUUGAGAUCCAGAGUGAGGGCCAGGCUCACAUUGCACGAUUAGAGCUAUUGUUAAGGGGCGACCCACUACUAUCUCCAAAUUCUGAUUGCGGUGCGGCGGAUCGACGCCAGAUCAGCGUUGACUCACUGAAGAAACGCUGGCUGGCCGCCUAUCUCAAUUCGUUGUCGUUGCAGAUACGAAUCGAAGAGGCUGUUCCGGGGGAUACGGAGGGCUGCGAAUCAGACACCGACCCCAUCUUCGCCGCGCCGCCCCACAAACGGGCCCGCCGCACCUCGGCCUGGAAUUUGGAAUCUGAAGCGGAAGAAGAGAACGACGACACAUUCCCCUUUGCAGCCAGUGAAUACGAGAGUAUCAUGGAUGCACCCACGACGCAAUCCUCGUCGCAGGUUGAUAGCGCAUCGGACGCAGAGCAGACAAGAGGCACGAAGAAGUGGGGUAGUACCCAGAAGGAUAUCGGAUAUAGCAGCGGGGAGAACAGCAUUCCGGAGGCGUUGAAUAAGAUGGCAGAGAUUCAGGAGGAACAAUCAGUGCGAAGAAGAAUAGACUGCUCGCCGUGCAAGGCAUUUUAUCGGACCGUCCCAUUGGAGUCCGACCUCUCCGAAUGUGAGAUCAUCAAGGCUACAAACGAUAAGCUGCUACCAGAAGAAGCCCUAUUGUCUGAUAGUAUGAUCGUUAACUACGACGCUCUCAACAAUACCGCACAACAAAACGAUUUUGAUGAUGUGCUAAAAUUGAUGGAUGAUGAAUGCGAAAUGGGCGACUCAUUCCACACCGAAUGGCGAGAAAUUCGAGCCGAUGCCCAGCGCCGAAGAAGUCGCACCGAUCGCCAGUUCAUCUUUGGAUCGUUCUUGGAUAAGGCUUCAUGCGAUGCUUCAUCUGAAGACUCUUCUGACCUCGAUGGUCUGAAAGAAAACGACGAUCAGCUUCUGGAAAAUCACAGCCCUAUGAACAGAUCAAUGAUUUCCAAUAUCACGCUCGAAUCGACGCCAGUCCAGUAUGGAUCCCUGAAGCGGGUGAGGGGCCAACGUCCCGGCAAGAAGACGUCAUCUUUGCUGCUCGAGACGACCGAGAUGGAUGCUUCAUUCUGCUCUACGCGUUCUGAGCUUGUUCCUGGCCGUCAGAUCAACAAUAUGCGGAUGCGGAAGAAGCUAAAGAUUCGCCGACUUCCCCGAAGUAUGUCCGACGGUGAGCAGCUUGGUUUUGGCUGUAAUCCAACGGUCCGCAUCUCUCCACCAAGAACACCAGUGUCUCGAUCAACUCGCUUAUUGCAGAGACUCGACGAUGCGCUCUGCCACCCCGACAGCGAUACCACAGCCCCGGAACAAAGCGACGCUGCUGCCUACGAGUGGGAUGAUUAUAGGCCUCCCAAUAAGGACGACUCCGAGCUGAUCGGCCUGAGCGAUUUCCACAAUUCGUCGAUGGCUGUCGAUGAAAUGCUACGCCAAGACGAUGACUAUAAUCGACAUUUUGGCGGUUCCCACCAGAUGCUCACGAGAUUAAUAAACGAGUCUCGUGCCAACCUGUUGAUUGUCGCAAAGAGUUUAGAAGCUGUCGACGAUCCGCAAGUCAUGCGUGACAUUGAACUCAUCGCCCGCACAAACAUUCGACAACUCGAUACGGCCGUCAAAAUCAAUGGUCUUGGGCAUACGGCGGAAGUGCGUGAACUGGCCGACCUGCGCGUAGAGUGGGAGCUGUUGCUGGAAAGAGUCGGAGCACCCCUGCCAGCCAUUCUCGCCAAGUUCGAGAAGUUCACUGCCAGUCUAAGGGCGCUUGAUCAGACAUCGUCGAUGAAUUCCCUGAACGGCGUAUCCACCAUCCAUUCCCGAGAAGACGUCGCGAAAGCUCUUGCCUCAAUGCUGCUCAUUCAAGAAAAUCUAAGACACGAUCGUGAUGAAUUGAAAGAACUCCUCGUUGCCCCCUCCUUCAAACCCUUGCUUGCUGAGCAUGAGGUCGAGGUUGAGGCCAUCAGCGAUGAUUUUGAUGAAGCCAUCGCGAAGAUCAGCGGCCUUGUGGCGUCGUUGAAACAAUUGAAUAUGGAGUGGGGACAGUGGAAUGAAGAACAAGACGCGAUACGGAACAUCAUGCAACGCAUUGAAGGCCAUAUCGCUAGAGGAAGUGUCGAGCCGAGUACCGUUUCCGAGGAGAUUCGCUUGUGUCAGGAGCGGAUGGAUAGCCUGGAGACGAUGUGCAACUACCUCACCGCAUCGCUCACCGCCCUCCAAGCGGAAGCGGAGUCGGAGACCAUCGUCAAGCCGCUUCCUGAUUUCAACGGAGAGAUCCGACUCUAUAGUAAUGCGCUGGAGCAGUUAAAGAGCAGGUUUGAAGUUAGCAAGAUCCCGGCUGUCCCGGCCGUCCGUGAGCGGAAAGUUGCAACUGUGGCGACACAAGCUGAAGAGCCAGCUGUAGCACCACCUCGAAGAAGAUCUGCUAAACUACAGAUUGGCCUGCUGCUAGCCGGACUCCUCGCAUCCGUCGUUGCCUUCUACCUAACAUUCAUCCACGGCUCAACAUUUGGCCCACAUCUCACCUAUACUCGGGGACCACCCCCGGUU